AAGUUUAACAUUUUUCUAAACAUGAAGAAAGGGAAAGGUUAAAAUGUGACAAAAAAGGACAUAAGACAUAAGAGAAAGAGAAUAAAAUAGAAAAACAUAUAGAAUAUUAGAAUUGUACAUAUACAAAUUUAAGAGUCAAUAAAAUGUUGUUUUUGCAAAAUGGCUGGGUGAGAACACAAAUACGUCAGGAAUUGGGUCACUGACAAACGACAGCAAUUGACUAAGAAGAAAAGGGAGUUGGUGAAUCAACAAAGCUGUCGCUACCCACUUUUCUCAUUCUUAAAACUAACUCUUUUACUCCCAAAACUACCUCUGCAACAACACACAACCCAGAUAGUAAAUAGAUCACAUCAGCAAUAUAUUGAAGACUAAUUCUAGUUCUAGUGCUAGAAGAUGGGAACAAAUGAAUGGCAUAUUGAAAGAAGAUCUAGUUUUGAAAGUGAUUCUCCUUUAGCACCAAGAGAGGUGCUUGAAACUGGCACACUUUCGAUUGUUGUGCUUGGUGCUUCCGGUGAUCUUGCUAAGAAGAAGACAUUUCCUGCACUUUUCCACCUAUAUAAACAGGAAUUGUUGCCACCAAAUGAAGUUCAUAUUUUUGGCUAUGCAAGGUCAAAGAUAUCUGAUGAUGAAUUGAGAAACAAAUUGCGCAGCUAUCUUGUUCCAGAGAAAGGCGCUUCCCCUAAACAGUUAGAUGAUGUAGAGAAGUUUUUACAAUUGAUUAAAUAUGUAAGUGGCCCUUAUGAUUCUGAAGAUGGCUUUCGCUUGUUGGAUAAAGAGAUUUCAGAGCAUGAAUAUUUGAAAAAUAGUAAAGAGGGUUCAUCUCGGAGGCUAUUUUAUCUCGCACUUCCUCCUUCUGUAUAUCCAUCUGUUUGCAAGAUGAUCAAGACUUGUUGCAUGAAUAAAUCUGAUCUUAGUGGAUGGACACGUGUUGUUGUUGAGAAACCCUUUGGCAGGGAUCUAGAAUCUGCAGAAGAACUUAGUAAUCAGAUCGGAGAGUUGUUCGAAGAACCACAAAUUUAUCGUAUUGAUCACUACUUGGGAAAGGAACUAGUGCAAAAUAUGUUGGUACUUCGUUUCGCAAAUCGGUUCUUCUUGCCUCUUUGGAAUCGCGACAACAUUGACAAUGUGCAGAUAGUCUUUAGAGAGGAUUUUGGAACUGACGGUCGUGGUGGAUAUUUUGACCAAUACGGAAUUAUUCGAGAUAUUAUUCAAAACCAUCUGUUGCAGGUUCUUUGUUUGGUUGCUAUGGAAAAACCCGUCUCUCUCAAGCCUGAGCACAUUCGGGAUGAGAAAGUGAAGGUUCUCGAGUCAGUAGUCCCUAUUAGAGACGAUGAAGUUGUUCUUGGACAAUAUGAAGGCUAUAGAGAUGACCCAACUGUACCUGACGAUUCAAACACUCCAACUUUUGCAACUGCUAUUCUUCGGAUACACAAUGAAAGAUGGGAAGGUGUUCCUUUCAUUAUGAAAGCAGGGAAGGCCCUAAAUUCCAGAAAGGCAGAGAUACGGGUUCAAUUCAAGGAUGUUCCCGGUGAUAUUUUCAGGAGUAAAAAGCAAGGGAGAAACGAAUUUGUUAUCCGCCUACAACCUUCAGAAGCUAUUUAUAUGAAGUUUACGGUCAAGCAACCUGGACUGGAGAUGUCUGCGGUUCAAAGUGAACUAGACUUGUCAUACGGGCAACGAUAUCAAGGGAUAACCAUUCCAGAGGCUUACGAGCGUCUAAUUCUUGACACAAUUAGAGGUGAUCAGCAACAUUUCGUUCGAAGAGAUGAAUUAAAGGCAUCAUGGGAGAUAUUCACUCCACUUUUACACAAAAUUGAUAGAGGGGAGUUGAAGCCAAUUCCUUACAAGCCAGGAAGUAGAGGUCCUGCAGAAGCCGAUGAGUUACUAGAAAAAGCCGGUUAUGUUCAAACACACGGUUAUAUAUGGAUUCCUCCUACCUUAUAGAGCGACCAAAAUGUAAUAACACGAGGAUUCUUAAUAGCGUAUAAGCUUGCAAUAAGCUUGAGGAAUUUCCCUUGUAAGUUAUAAUAAUCUCUCUUUGUAGGGGUGUGUAUCGAGCAUUUAAGCAUGUGUUUGACAUGGUUUGUGUAAUAGAUUUGAUUUUGAAUUCAAAUAAAUGAGAAAUGUUCUUUUUUUGAUGAA